UAUUAGGCGCCUAUUAUUACACCCCAAAAAUAACCAAAUUUAAUUCACUAAAAUUAGGGUUUAUUCAUUUUCAAUUUUCAUCACAUAGUAAAUGUAAAUUAAAUCAAUCGCAUACAAAAUAUUAAAAACUUCAAUUUACAGCGAUGGAGGACGGCGGAACCACCGGCAAAGGUUCGUCAUCGUCGUCGUCGCCACCGGUGACAGUGUUGCACGGCGGAGGACGGCAGCGGUUUGAGAUUGAGCUCCGGCCAGGAGAAACAACAAUUGUUUCAUGGAAGAAGUGUAUGAAGGAGGCUAAUAAAAUUGCCGCCGAGAAAAAUGAGAAUAAUAAUAAUAAUGAAAAUGAAAAUAAUAAUAAUAAUAAUAAGAAUAAAAAUAUAGAUACAGAAAAAGUGGUUAAUUCUGUAUCUAUAGCUGGUGAUCAACCUCAAUCCGUUGCUGUUAUUCCUUCUGCUCUUGAUUCUCGCAUUGCGCCUUCUCUUCCUGGAGAUAAGCCUGAAAAUGAAGGAAAUGAUGCACCUCCUGGUAGCAGAUUUAGUGCAGUCAUUGAGAAGAUUGAACGUUUAUACAUGGGUAAAAAUAGCAGCGACGAGGAAGAUCUCAAUGAUGUUCCUGAUGAUGAUGAGUAUGACACAGACGAUUCAUUUAUAGAUGACGCCGAGCUGGAUGAUUAUUUCCAGGUUGAUAAUUCAGCAAUAAAGCAUGAUGGAUUUUUUGUCAACCGCGGGAAGUUGGAGCGCAUGAACGAGCCCGCUGCUUUGCCAGUUGAGCAACCCAAAAAGAGGAGACGGAAGGACUUAACAAAAGGUUUUAGUGAAGACAAUGAUGGAAAUGUGCCAAAUAAACACAUGAAAGUUAGUAAGAAGGAAGGGAAGAAAUUAGUGACAUCAGUAGACAAGAACUCCACCACUCCAUCCCGUAGUAUUACUUCACCGAAUGUAAACUCUGAAGGUUUGAAAUACCAGAGUCCAAUAAUAGCUCUUGGAACCGUUGUGAAGAAACCUUCUGAUUCUAAAAAUUUAACGGAUCCGUCUCCAACAAGGGUAUACAACGGUGAAGCUAAGCAGGCAGCAAAGAAAGUUGACAAGCAGAAAACUGGGGCUCUUCCGUCCAAAAAACAUGGUUCCAAAUUGAAAGAUGGAAGUCCUUCUCCUGCACUUCCCAGUCAAAGGACCAUUGACAAGGGUACUGAUGUGCAACCGAAGUCUCAAGGACAAAUGCCUAACUCAGAGGAGUUGAAUCAAUCAGCUUUGUCAAGGGAGAGAGAUGUAACUCAUCAACAGGCAGACACCAAGGCUUCAGAGAUUGCCCAGCAACCGCAGAAAACUCCGCAAACGGCAAGAAAGGAAGGUUCAAGCACAAAACCUAAAGGUACAAGUUUGAUGCUUGAAAAAGCUAUCAGGGAUUUGGAGAAGACAGUUGCAGAAAUAAGGCCAGCAAGUAUGGAGGUUCCUGAAGCUGACAAUGCAUCUCAGGUUGUCAAAAGGAGAAUGCCCCCCGAAAUAAAGCAAAAGCUGGCUAAAGUUGCUAGGGUGGCGCAUACUAUAUAUGGAAAACUGUCAAAGGAGUUACUUAAUCGUUUGAUGAGCAUCCUUGGUCAUCUGAUACAGAUCAGAUCAUUGAAGAGAAAUCUUCAAAACAUGGUUGAAAUGGGACUGACUGCCAAACAAGAGAAAGAUGCAAAGUUACAGCAGUUAAAGAAAGAAGUAAUUGAUAUGGUUAAGAUACGGGCUCCGCUGCUGAAAGUUGAGGCUAUUGAGCAGCAGGCUGGUUCAUCUGAUGAUUUCCAGGAAACUAGCACCAAAGAAAAAGUUAAAAACAAAUUUACUACAGAUGAGGCUUUAGAGGAUAAAAUUUGCGAUCUUUAUGAUCAAUAUGUUGAUGGCCUCGAUGAAGAUGCUGGUCCCCAACUUAGAAAGCUUUACGUAGAGCUUGCAGAACUGUGGCCGAAAGGCUGUAUGGAUAACCACGGGAUAAAACGAGCAAUUUGUAGGGCAAAAGAAAGAAGAAAAUCAUUACAGAGGCGCAAGGACCAGGAGAACAUUAUGAGGAAAAAGUUACCCGCCCCAAAAGCAGAGGCUAUUACGGUUGACCCUGCUGCUAGUCGGGUGCAACACCCCUCUAAUAAGCUAGUCAAUGAUUCAAGUGCACCCAUCAGAUCAAUAUCCAACACAAUGGCUUCUAAUACUGCUGCACAGCCACCUAAUUCUGUGCAUACAGACAAGCCAAAACAGGAGAAGCUAAAGGGUAGUGCUAACAAUCAGAACAAAACAGUAACGGAAGUGGUGGUAAAGAAAAAGGCAAAAAGGAAGCCCGAGACCGAGUUGUUUGAUGGUCGAGCUCAACCUGAGAGGUUGACUUUAGCACAAGGAGAUGAAAAACGGAAGUCAAAUAAGCAAAUGCUUGGUGGUCCUGUAAAGUCUGUCGCUCAGCCACCUGUUACUCCUGCUUCUGUUAGCGCACCACUUGCAAAGGCACCAGAGAAUAGUUCAGUUGACAGGGUUUAACUUGAGGUAACUGACUAAAUCUAGGGCAACAAUGUUAAAAUGAAUUGUACUUCAUGGUUGUUCUGGAUUUGGCAUUUUGAGCUCCAAACGCUGACUUAGUAUAAAGUUUAUAGAUUUAGGAUGUUGGGUUACUCAUAUAGCCAGCCACCUUUUUUUAGUGGUUUUUGUUUUUAUUUAUCUUUCUCUUUUGAGCUACAUAGAUUCUCAAGUAAAUGACGUAGUAUAUGAGUUUUUGUUA